ACUCGACGCCGCAAUUGUCAAAAGCGGCGUGUUAGUAUGCUUUAUUAUGAAUGAUGUGUGUAAAAGUGAGUUUUUAUGUUGUUUAUUUGGAGGAAAUGGUUGGAAUAAAUUAGGUUAUUUUUAUUUCUGUUGAUUGGAGUUUUUAUUCAAAAGAUUUCGGUCUAUACCAUUAAUAUUUACUGAAAAUACCUUCGCUUGAAUAAAUUGCAGAUAUUUGGCAACUGAAGAGUUAGGUAAGCCUAAAUGAUAUGUAAAAAGGAAACUGAAUAAUCAGAAGUUUGACUGAGUGGAAGAAGUGCACAACUUUGCCAUUUAAAAAUGUCAAAGUACUUUCAUGGAAACAUGCUGCUGCGGCGGCUGGCUGCCCGCGGCUACCACCAGGGCGGCGCCACCCGCGCCAUCGACAAGGUGGUGAUCGCCAACCGGGGCGAGAUCGCCUGUCGCAUCAUGCGCACGGCGCGCCGGCUGGGAGUGCGCACCGUGGCGGUGUACUCGGACGCCGACCGGAACGCCCUGCACGUGGCCAUGGCUGACGAGGCGUACCAUAUCGGCGCGGCGGCCUCCCAGGAGUCGUACCUGCGCGCCGACCGGAUCCUGGGCGUGGCGCGCCGCAGCGGCGCCCAGGCCGUCCACCCGGGCUACGGAUUCCUCUCCGAGAACACAGAGUUCGCCGAGGCGUGCCAGGCGGCCGGCGUGACGUUUGUCGGACCACCGGCCUCCGCCAUCAGAGAUAUGGGCAUCAAAAGCACGUCCAAGAAGAUAAUGUCGGCGGCCGGUGUGCCCGUGAUCGGCGGCUAUCACGGCGAGGAUCAGAGCGACGAGCGGCUGCUGGCAGAGGCCGACGCCAUCGGCUUCCCAGUCAUGAUCAAAGCGGUCCGCGGCGGCGGCGGCAAGGGUAUGCGCAUCGCCUCUACCCGUGACGAAUUCCACGCCCAGCUCGAGUCGGCCCGGCGAGAGGCUACCAAGGCGUUCGGAGACCAGGUGAUGCUGGUGGAAAAGUUUGUCGUCGACCCGCGCCACGUUGAGGUGCAGGUGUUUGGCGACCAGCACGGGAACUACGUGUACCUGCACGAGCGAGACUGCAGCGUCCAGCGGCGACACCAGAAGAUCAUCGAGGAAGCCCCCGCGCCGGGUCUGUCAGCGGAGGUGCGCCGCGAGCUCGGAGAGGCGGCGGUACGCGCCGCCCGUGCCGUCAGCUACGUGGGCGCCGGCACCGUGGAGUUUAUCCUGGACGCCGAGCACAAGUUCUACUUUAUGGAGAUGAACACACGUCUGCAGGUGGAGCAUCCCGUGACCGAGAUGAUCACCGGCACUGACCUGGUCGAGUGGCAGCUGAGGGUGGCGGCCGGCGAGCGUCUGCCGCUGCAGCAGGAGCAGAUCCCCCUCCUGGGCCACUCGUUUGAGGCGCGUGUGUACGCCGAGGACCCGCGCGCCGGCUUCAUGCCCGGCGCCGGACCGCUGCUGCACCUGAGCGCGCCGCCGGCAGACCAACACGUCAGGGUCGAGACAGGUGUACGUCAGGGCGACGAGGUGUCUGUCCACUAUGACCCGAUGAUCGCCAAACUGGUGGUCUGGGCAGAGGACCGUGACUUGGCACUGCGCAAACUCAAACGCUGCCUCGCCCAGUACGCGAUAGUGGGCCUGAACACGAACAUCAACUUCCUGCUGGACCUGGCGUCCCACCCGGAGUUUGUGGCGGGCAAGGUGGAUACCGAGUUCAUUCCGCGCCACUACGACCAGCUGUUCCCCACAGAGACGGUCUCGGACGCCACCCUCUGCCAGGCGGCGCUGGCGCUGCUGCUGGACGAGCAGCGGCAGACGCUGCGCGCGGCGCUGCUGUCGCGCGACCCGUUCUCGCCGUACUGCAGCCAGUCGGGGGUGCGGCUCAACCACCGGCUGCGGCGACAGGUGGCGCUGACUGCUGCUGACGGCACAGUGCACACGGUGGCAGUCCGCAGCGACGGCGAGGGCCGGCACACCAUGACUGUGGGCGACAGAGAGUACCAGGUGUCCGGCAGUCUGACGGAGCAAGACGGCGUCCUCACCCUGACCUCAGAUGUGUCGGGAGAGGUGACCCACGUACAGGUGGUGCCACAGGCAGACGCCGUCCACGUCUUCACUGAGGCGGGUGUGCGCAGUCUCCGUCUGCCGGAGCCCAAGUUCCGGGCUGCCGGCGGCGCGGCGGCGGCCGGCGGGGACGCCGUGGCUCCCAUGCCCGGUGUGGUGGAGAAGGUGAUGGUGACGGACGGCGACACAGUCAAGGCCGGCGACCCGCUGGUCGUCAUCAUCGCCAUGAAAAUGGAGUACGUCAUCAAAGCGCCGGCCGCCGGCGUCGUGGAGAAGGUCAUGUACCGCGUGGGCGACAACGUGGCCAAGAACGCCCUGCUCGUGCACAUGAAGUCGGACGAGGCCGAGGGAGGCGCCGCUGACGCGGAGGAGACGGACUAGAGCCGCCCUUCGUCGUCCGCCGUCCGCUGCCCGCAGUCGGGUCUAACGGUGGGUUAGAGCCGCGGUCCGCCGCUGCAGUGUGCACUCAGUGCAGUCUAUUGCCUGGUCUGACGGUGGCUUAGAACGUCUUCCCGCCGCUCGCAGUCUGACAGUGGUUAGAGUCAUGGCUGCCCGCUGUUUGCCAUCCUCGGUCUGGUCUGAUUGUGGGCUCACUGGGACGACCCCCGCGGCUCGGUCCAAGACAGAUCACCGCCACUGUUCAGAGGUCGACAGUCUGAGGUCGAAAAAGUCAAGCCUUUUUAUAGUAUGCUUGCACUCAUUUCUGGACGACUGGACGCCGAGAACGUUAGGAACCUUAUUAGCAGUCUGGCAGCUCAAAACUCCCAGCUCUCCUCAAAGCCCUGUGCCCUUCUCAGUGAAGUAUUCGAACAGACGUGAAGCCACAAGUUUUGGAGAAAAAUGUACGCUUGGAUGGGCUACUAGAGAGGCGGCUCUGCGGCUGGUCGUCAGCCAGGCGCGACGCUGAGGUCCACCCACAGCCUGGGUUCUCUGUGCUCCUAAUCGGGAGGUCUUACUCCCACCGCCCCGACCCGCCGUGUGGCCAGAUAUGCGACAGAACGUUAGGCGGUGCUGGGUUGUGAAAUAAGUGGCCAGAAGACUCGUGUGAUUAUUAGUGUACCUAUAUUGUUGUGUAAUAAUGUGUCUUUAAAGACGUUUGGUACGUGAUGGUUUACAUAGGGAAAGUGCAAUACAUGGUCGAGACUGAGA